AUGGCAACGUCACAGCUCAUCGUCACGCGUUUUAUGGAUCUACUAGCUGAGGGGAGAGUUGAUGAUGCACUAAAUUAUUUAUCAGACGACGUGGUAUAUAACACGUGGAUGGGUAUUGUUUAUGGGAAAAGUAACGUCACAGUUUUUCUUCGUGACAAUAUUCGUUUUGUUCACCAUGGUCGCAAUUAUAAUAGAUGGAAACAAGUGCAGCACUGUCUAGAUCCCACUCUUGAGCGCUAUGCUGUGGAUGAUGUUGUCACGGCUUUACCGCAAAGUCUAGUGCGAUUUGGAGAUAUUUCAGUGCGGCAGUACUUUAAUGCAGAUGGAUAUGAUUCUCAGGGUUAUGCUACGUUUGAGAGAGACGGGACAAUAGCCUCACAUGCUAAGUUUGCUGUAUUUCAUGUUAAGGUAAAGGAAACAGUUGUUCUUCGAAACAAUAAGGUUGUAUUAGUAAAUAUAUCAAAACGAGCUUGA